AUGGGGCAAUCUCACCUCUCAAUUACAUGGACCGCUAGCGGCUUCCAAUCGCUACCAGCCAGCCUUCGCGCGAAAACCCCGCUUCGAUUUGUCGACUCGCACCUCCGUCAACGCGUAAACCUGAGCAUCGACUAUACAAUUACGAACAUCACGAUGGGGGCCAUAUUAUCUCUUCCAUUUACGAUCCUGAAUCUCCUCCUUCCGUUCACGCGAUCUGGCACACCUCUGUCGCAAGAUCUUCUACACACCGCAGUGCUCUGCGGAACAUUAUAUUUCGCCCCACAAAUCGGCGAAUGGUACAAUGCGCAACGACAAGCAGCGCAGGCGGGCAAUGAUCAAAGAGAUAAUAAUGAGGAGACAAAUCGCCCGACCGAACAAGGUAUCAGGAACCCGGUGGGAGGACAGAGGGAUGAAGGAGAACAAGCACCACUAGACGAGCGGUUGGUCCUUCAGGACGAUGGCGUAGAAGCGGCGCGACCACCUCGCGCCCCUACACCACCACCACACCAAGCCCACUUCGAAGAUGUCCCUGAACCACAACAUCACCGGCCACAUACUCAAGGGCAAGAAGCCCAACUACCCGACGACGCCUUCGCACCCGGCCCCGCGAACCCCCCACCACAAAACGCGAACCGUCCCCCACCAACCCAACGCGUAGUCGGCACCAAAAAAGCCAAGUCGCUGGCUCGAAAAGACCAACAACGCGCGUACAACGAAUGGCUACGUUCAGAAGCCGAGAUGCGCCGUCUACAAGAGGCAGAAGGCCGUGAAGAGCGCGAGGCGACUGCGGCAGCGGAAAAGGCUCGGCGAGCGGCUGUCGAAGAAGAGAUUCGCGAGCGCGCAAGACAGGAGCGAGAGGAGAGGAAGGCAGAGGAGAAAAAGGAGGCCGAAUUGGAAGCUGCACGACGAGAGAGAGUGGUCGCUUUCGUGAGAGAUACAAUGAAGGAGAGGGGCGCGGUGGACCUGGUCGACGCAGCGUACGCGGAGGGUAAAGAUAGGGUGUGGGUGGAGAGAUUGAUCCGCGCAAGUGGGCUCAUGCAGCAACUACAAAACGAAGGAGGUCACAUCAUGAUCACAGGUCACGACUGGCUUGUUAGGAUUGAUGAGGAGGUCAUGGCCAAGGCUUAUGCGGAAGCUGAGCGACUUGGAGAGAAGAACAGUGGUAAAGUCGGCUUCGAGGAGUUUGGAGCCAUAUUAGAGAGGGCUGUGCUAGGGCGGGCGGCAGCAUAG